GAAUGUUACGUCUUUAAUAAUAACAACAACAAACAAUUGUCAAUCGAGAAAAAAAAAAAAGAAAAGAUUGUAAAUUAUCAGUCAAUAAAACAAAAAUAAAAUAAAUUUUUUUUUUUUGAUAUUCAAACUAUCAAAUUAUUCUAUAUUUUUUUGAUGAAUCAAUAUUAUUUUUUAAAUUAAUUUUUAUUUUUGAAAUAUUAAAUUGCGUUGUGUAGUAAAAUUUUAUUUUGUCUCGAGUAAAUUCUCAGUGAAAAAGAAGGCAUUUUAUAAACAUGGCCGAAUCAACGUCAAGUAAUGAAAAAAUUAAUAAUAUUGAAGAAGAUAAUUCAGUGACAAUGCUUGAUGUAUUACAAGAAGAAAGAGAACUUGAAGAUGAUGCAAAUGCUGUUCUUGGUGCUUCUGAUGAUAAAAAUUGUACAUAUGGCAAGGGUUAUAUAAGACAAGCACUGUAUGCAUGUAAAACAUGUUGCUUUGGUGAUGAUAAAAAACAAGCUGGUGUUUGUUUGGCAUGUAGUUUUCAUUGUCAUGAAGGCCAUGAACUAGUUGAACUCUAUACAAAACGUUCAUUUCGUUGUGACUGUGGCAACUCAAAAUUUGGCAAUAAAAAAUGCAUUCUAGACAAGGCAAAAGCACCAUUGAACAUUGAAAAUAAAUACAAUCAAAAUUUUGAUGGUGUUUAUUGUAUUUGUUCACGUCCAUAUCCAGAUCCAGAAUCACCAGAGGAAAUAAUAAAUGAUCAAAUGAUACAGUGUAUUAUUUGUGAAGAUUGGUAUCAUUCAAAACAUCUUAAUUGCAAUGAUGAUAUACCAGAUGAUGAAUCAUAUGAAGAAUUAAUAUGUUCUGGUUGUAUGAAAGAACAUUCAUUUUUAUGGCGUUAUGCAACAAAUUAUUCAGCAAAUAAAAGUAUUAAAAAUACAUAUGAUAAUAAAUUAAAUAAAAAUGACAAUGCUGAUGAAUCAAUUGAUGUUUUAAAUGAUACAAUUGGCUGUAAAAUGCCUGAAAUGAUUAUUAAAAAUAACGAAAGUUCAUGCUUUUGGAUUUCAAAUUGGAGAUCAUCAUUGUGUUGUUGUGAUGAUUGUAAAAAAUUAUAUGAAAAUGAAAAAAUUGAAUUUUUAAUUGAUCUUAAUGAUUCAGUACAAGCUUAUGAAGAAGCUGGUAAAUUACAACGUUCUGAAUCUGGCUAUGAAAAAGGAAUGAAGGCACUUGCAUCACUUGGACAUGUUGAACAAGUCAAUGCUAUUGAAGAAUAUAAUAAAAUGAAAAAUCAGCUAAAAGAAUAUCUUCAAAAAUUUGCUGAAAAUAAAAAAGUCGUACGUGAAGAAGAUAUUAAAGAAUUUUUUUCUGGUAUGGAAUCAAACAAACGUCAAAAAGUUAUUGUACCAACAUUUUGUCGUUAAAAAAAAAAAAAUCUAAUAAUCACGUUAAGUAUAAUUAUAAUAAUUAAAUAUAUUUUUUUAUAUAUAAAAUAUACUUCGUGUAUUAUUAUUUUUUAAAAGUUUUUUCAAUUGUACACUCAAUUUUGGAGUAACAAUUAUUUAAAAUUAAUAAUAAUCUAAAAAACAAAUUCCAAUUUCAUUUAAAAAUAUAUUAUAAAUUUAAAUGAUUAAUAAUUAGUUUAUGAUUUUUUUUUUUUUUAAAUUUAAAAAAUAAAAAGAAACCCAUCACCAUUUAAAAAAAUAA